UUAAUAAUUUUUCAAGUGUUUAAAUCGAUACAACGCGGUCAGUCUACUUUAUAGUUUUUACAAGCACUGUAAAGUUAAUUUAUCAAUACUGAAUAUGACAUUGUAAUAGUUUAUCUGACAUUAUGAAGGUUAUUGUGAGUAAAGCGCGUCCACGCGAGAGACAGAAGAGACGCGUCUCAUUUCGCUCCGUUAUACUGAAUCAUAUUAUCAUAAACACGGAGUCAUUCAGUGAUGGAGAAACGGAUCUUUUCCGAUUGCACCAGCUAGACGUAAAAAAGCUGGGUGUAAGCCCUACGCUGUGCUUUGCAACGUCCAGCUUUACGAUAAAUAUUUACACCUGUUGCACCAACUAAAACUACGAUCAGGCGCAGCUAAGCCCGGCGUAGACGAUGCGAAUCCACGCUGACACAUUCUCCCACAGUUAUAGAUAUAGCCGAGACGACGUUCACGCUGCAAUGGCAACAACUACUAAUAUAGAACUGAAUUGCUCAAGACAUCAUAACAAGUGAAGCCACCGCGCCAUGAUUUCAUUGAGUAAACAUUUUCUAACAAGUCUGCAUUUUUAUAUAGUCUCCCUGCACGUUCCCAUGACAGAUUUCUUUAAACAAACAUUAAAAAUGAAGGCAGCAGGUUAAGUAAAAUAUAAUGAAUGCAAUACAAGGCUUCUUUCUAGUUAUUUUUUUCUAGCUGACAAUCGAGGUUAUGUACAAUGCAUGUCUUUCCUGAGGUAGCCAAAUGUGACUUUACGUGACGUCUUUCUGUGGCUGGAAAACCACAUUUAUAGUUUGUAUUUUGUGAUAAAACUGACAGAGUUUGAAAGCCGAUACUUUUAACUCUGAUUAAAAACAACAAAGCACAAACUUACUGUCAUUAUUGAAUGGCAGGCACGCUACAAUGGAAUUAAAGACGUGAAAUAUUUCCAAGCAUACUGUCCUUCCAAGCAAGAUGUGGAAUGGACAAAGUGUACAAACACAGAAAAACUCCUGAAGAAGCAGCUGAGAUCCACGUGACACACUGUUAUAAAGAUGGCGUUAAUAAAAGAGGAGAGUGAUGACGUGAAGAUUGAAGAAACAUUCAGAGUCAAACAUGAAGAUACUGAGGAACAAACAAAGAUAUCAUUUAUUAAAGAUGAGAGUGAACACAUGAAGAGUGAAGAAACAUUCAGAGUCAAACAUGAAGAUACUGAGACACAAACAGGCCUGAUGCCACAGAAAGUGGAGAGCCAAGAACUGAAUGGAAUGGAAAACAAAGUUCAGCAUGAGAAACAUCAUGAUUUCAUAACUGGAGAAAAGCCUUACACAUGCCCUCAGUGUGGGAAGAGUUUCAUGAAUAAAACAGGCCUUAAAACGCACAUUACAAUCCACACUGGAGAAAAUCUUUACACUUGCCAACAAUGUGAAAAGAGUUUUUCUACAAAAGGAAAUCUUGAAAAACACAUGAAAAUUCACACUGGAGAAAAGCCUUACACAUGCCCUCAGUGUGGAAAGAAGUUUGUUGAUAAAGAAAGCCUUAAAAAGCACAUUAGAAGUCACACUGGAGAGAAACCUUACACCUGCGAACUGUGUGGAAAGAGUUUCAGUGAAAAAGGACACCUUAAUCAGCACAUUAGAAUCCACACUGGAGAAAAGCCUUACAACUGCCAACAAUGUGGAAAGAGUUUUACUUCAAAAGGAAAUCUUGAAGUCCAUCUGAAAAUUCACACCGGAGAAAAGCCUUACACAUGCCCUCAGUGUGGAAAAUGUUUUAUUAAUAAAUCCAACCUUACAAAGCACAGUAGAAGCCACACUAGAGAAAAACCUUACACCUGUGAACUGUGUGGAAACAGUUUCACUGAAAAAGGAAGUCUUAAAAAGCACAUGAUGAGAAUUCACACUGUAAAGCAGUCUUUCACAUGCCCUCAUUGUGGAACUAGUUUCAGAAGUAAAGUAUCCUUUAAUAACCACAUGAAGACUCACUCAAGAUCACAGUUUUAUAUGUCAUUAGCGUGGAAGGAGUUUCUCGGACAGGAAACUAUGUAAUAACUCACAUCAAAGGAAGUCUUUCAUUUGCCAUCACUGAGAAAAGUGUUUCAGAUCAACAACAACAACAACAACAACAAAACUUUAGUCUCAAAGCAUCACACUGAAGAGGAGACGUUUACUUGUCUUAAAGCAAUAGUUCACCCAAAAAUGAAAACUCAUCAUUUACUCACCCUCAAGUUGUUCCAAACUUGUAUGAGUUUCUUUUUCUUUUUUUUAUGACCCUCUAAUUGGAUGUACGUAGGCGUUAAUUUGGUGUAAUUGAGUGAAUCUGUGUGUAGUAGAAAAAGUUAGCAAGUUGUUAUAUUCUGGUGUAGUUAUUUUAUUUAUUUUCUCUCUAGUUCUUGUCUGUCAGCUUCUUGAAGAAAAGAAAAUAAACACGUAUGGAGGAGGAGAGGAUUAAGAUAUCUUCAGAAUUAUUAUUAUUAUUAUUUUAUGCAGUUUUCUACUAAAGAGUUCAUUUCCAUUUCCCUCCUUUUCUAGUAUAUAGCAAAUAUGUAAUCAUAGUUUUCCUAAAACUAGCAUAUUCUGAUAUUUAUGCUACAAGCAAUGCCUGUAUUAUUGUGUAAUUUUACUUAUUUUUACUCUAUAUUAUGAUAUUUACUGAAUAUGGUAUUAUCUUACUUAAAAUAUGAUGUAUGAUCAUGAAAGCAAUCCAUAUACUGACUAAUAUACUGAAUUAUUCCAAUACUAGAUGUCUUUAAUACAGAUUGAGAAAUAUAAGAAGCCAUCUAUUGUGCAGUACUGGUGUGGGAACAGAAUUUAAGAGGAAGAUUUUCAAGGUUGAAAAUAAUACAAAAACAACACCACUGUUUGUGAGAAAGCACAGAGAGUCUAUCCCAUAGACUUUUGAAUACUGAUGUUUUUCCAUUUUCGUGUAAACUAAUUAAAUGUUGCAGAUUUAAUGUAACCAUUUUAAUGUAACCAUUUUGGUGUAGCCAUUUUGAUGUAGCCAUUCUUGAACAAUGGUGGAUCUGUCCAAAUCCCACCAAUAAAAAUAGGCCAAGUGGGCUGGUAAUAAAUUGUAGCAAAACCAGACAAAUUUGGUUAGUAAAAAGGUAUAAAAAAGAUGUAUGGACAGACAUAGAAUUAGAGGCAGUGGAUGAGGCGGCUGUCUUCUCGGCUUUGUUACUUUGUUUAAUAAAGUCUUAUUUUGGCAUCUGAAACUGCUUUUUGAGCUUCUCUGACUCCAUUGAAGAAAUCUACUCUCUCGAACCACGACAGUAUAAGGUGACUGAGGGAAUGCAGUAACAGAGUUUACUCAUUUAGCAUGGCUUCCAGAGAAUAUGUGUAUUUGUUUUGUAAUUAAUUGAUUU